AUGAGCGCCUCUCAGUCCGACGGCACUCGACCAGAUACCACUGAACCCAUCUACCAUGAGCACUACAAGGGCCUGCAGGUUGGGUCCUACACGGACCAGAAGCUGCGACAUGCCUCUGCCCAACAUCUGCACAUGACAAAUCGUCGCUUUUUUAUCGGACCGAUUCCUGCUGGAUGGCUUCAGGGCCACCGAAAAUCCUGGUACAAAUCACGGCUUCGACUUAAGAAUUAUACUUCGCAGACCCUUUCAUUUAAGGUCGAUCCUGUCACAUUUCAUUACAGCCAGCAAGAAAACUUUGGCGACGGCCAUCAGCCAUCAUCGCAGCCAUUGGAGGAGGAGGUUGCUCUCACUUAUACCCAUACCCACGACGGGCCAUCCGAAGAAGAGGAAGAUAUAACAUCCGAACAAGAUGAAUCUGAAGAGCCACAUGGGGAGCUUCGUACACUAUCUCACCCUCCACUAGAAGGAGAGGCACAUACUCAGGCGGAGACAGAGACGGAGACAGAAACGGACACGGAAACGGAAACGGAAACAGAAAGGGGAACGAACAACAAUGAUACAGAGGAUGACGAUGAUGGCGAAAGCACACCACGCCCGAGUGCCCCGGCAAGUGCGAAGACACGAGAAAAUGUUUACAACGAUGGGACCGCAUCAUCCUCGUUCGUCACAGCCAGAGAGGAAGUAAGCAGCAGCGCCGACUCGGAAUCUACUACAUCCACUAUACACCCUAGCCCGAACCUGGCCUUUUCCGACCAAAGGCCUCGGUCUCAGUGGUCUCAAAAUUUGAGCGUUGGGGGCCCUAGCAUUGGAAAUACUAGUGGUACUUCUGGUGUUCCAAGUGAAGCCAACUCUACCACUGAUCUGUUGAAAGGCAAGCGGAAACAGGAAGCGACCCAGAAAAGCCAGGCUUCUGCUAUAACUAGGUUCACGUUGGAGCAUCAAGAACCCCGAGACGAAGAUGACACUGAACAAACAGACUCAGGGCUAGAGGGACGGGCCCCGGGGCGCAUCAGGGGAAGAAUGGCGAAGUAUAACCUGGAUGACAACAUUAAGGAUAAGCAGCAGAGACUGCGCCACAAGAUUGCCAAGACGGGGAAUACCAUAUCUGCGAAUCGGCCACGCCGACGGAAAUUGCAAGAUGGUGAGAUUAUCAAGGCCGAGAGAAUGUUGGUUCUGGUGGAAGAGUCCAUGAAAGACGAGAUUCCCGAGGACUACUCUGAAAAUGCCAGCAUGCGAAUGGAAAACCGAACCGUGGAUAAGUGGCGCGAGUUUCUGGUCGUAUGUCGCAAGAGCUCAAUCGAGCAUGCGCCCUUCGUCCUCCAGAUGUACCGCACCCGUGUGAUUCCUGACGCUCAAAGCUCGAAUGGCAAGACACGGCCUUAUUACGAGGUUCGUUUGAACCAUAAGAAUACUCGCGUCAAUCUUUACUCUACAUUGGACAAGACCAUCGUUAUUUGGCAUCCCUGCAAGCGUGGCACGAAGAUCUACAUCAUUCGACCUAAGUCUUCCGCUCAUGGUGCUGAAUGGUACACGUUUAUACGACAAGUACUUGGGUGGCAACGGCCUAACAAGCUACCAAUCAAUGUUCCUGACCUUGGUGUCUCUUUGAUCUUCAAGAACCCGUUUCAGCAGCUGGAGGCCCGGCUCGGCCUAGACCAUGAUGAUCACCAACACACCACAGUGCUCAGCCGAGCUGCAAGAGAGGAAAAACACGCCGCUGCUGCCAUCAUUCGGGGCUGUAUAGAAAUGCUCGAAGGUCGCCCCGAGUGGGCCGAAGUGCUCAAGGCUUGGUCCAAGACCGAGAAGAUGGGCCUUGCCUGGAAGCGAUAUGAUCGCCUUGAGUGGGUGUACGGCGCCAACGAAGAGAACAUGUAUGGGUCGAUUGCCAUGCAGUCAUCCCAUGAACUAGAGCUUCGGCCACGCCACCACUACUCAACUGCGAUCAAGAAGCAGGCAGAUAAAAAGGAAGAAGAGCCACCGCCAUUGGAGGGAUUUCUGGUUCGUUUAACAUCACAGAAAGGCGUACAUCAGAGAAUGAACAAGAUGUUCUACAAACGUCUUUACUUUUACACCGAGGACCAACACCUGAUGUUUUGCAGACCUGCCAAAGCGUUUCCUCCGGCACCACCAAAACUUGCACAAUCAGAAGAUCAGAGCAUACCGUCAGCUCAAGAAAUCCUAAGCCAAGCACCAAUCACCUGGGAUAUUGACCCUUACCCAGUUCAAGAUGGUGACGUUGAGUGGCUAUCUAGUGGAAAUCCAGAGUAUGUUCAACGGCACGACGAAUAUGCCUAUGCACAGUGGCAAAGGAAAGUACAUAACAUCAGCCAUGCGGAUGGAUAUAUUGAUCUAUGCAAAGUGCGUGAAGUACGCCGCAUGCAAUGGGGAAGCAGUCCUGCCGACCCUAAUAUUGAAGAAGGUCCAGCUGUCGACUUUCACCCUGAAGGAGCUAGUUCUCGUCAGGACGAUGGUUCUACCAAGCAAUUCGAUGAUGACCGGACAUUUGAAAUGACACUUGAGAACGACUUGGUGAUCCGUCUGCAAGCAUACGACCCUGACACCCGCGACGAGUGGGUAAAAAGAUUAGAUGCUCUGGUCAAGUACUGGAGAGCACGCCAUGCUGACGAUGCUGCCGAAUUGAUCGCUGUGCGCCAGCGCAAUCUCAAGCUCUUGGAGAUUGACGAGGAGUUGGAGUCAAUCGUAGGCCAGUUUGCAGAGAAGUGGGAGGUUAAGAAGGCCGAGGCAUCGCCCCAUCUACACAAUAUGUGUACGCUCUCCGGCUGUCGGACCAUCAAGAUGUCCGGCCAGCUCUACCGCAAACCUCGUCGCCACACCACGUUCUCUCGCUGCCACGCCGUUCUCUCCGACGGCAAGCUCCUAAUUUUCCGAAGCACACUCCGCAAAUAUAAUGGUGUCCAAAUUCCACAUAUCCACCAGGAACACGAAACAACCAUCGACCUACAAGACUGCUACAUCUACUCAGGACUCAUAACAGAGAAUGACCUGCUAUAUGCGAAUCAGACAUUCGAUAGUAAUAACCCCGGUCUCCGCGCUCUACCACGCGUCUACCCCGCCUCAGAUUCAUUCACCAGCCGAGAUGGAGACACAGCAAUCACAUUCGUGAUCUGGCAACCCCUAAAGAAGAACCUAUUUCGUGCCCAGGAACAUACUCUGCAGGGAACUGCGAAGAGGUCUUUACGGCAUGUCUCGACGCUUGGCAAGCAUGGCCGAACGAUCGUGUUCAAGGCGCGGAGUCGUGUUGAGAAGGAUCGGUGGGUGAUGAGUAUAUCUUCUGAGAUUGAUCGGUUGCAGGAGGAGAAACAUGAAGAUAUACGGAUCGUUUCUCAGUAA